UUUACAUCUAGGAGCAGGGCUGGUGAGAUGAAGAUCAUUGCUGUGUGAUGGCUGUGGUGAAUGCACGUAUUGCGCAUUUAGGCGCUGAUGUCCUGAAUAACCUGGCGGCUGCCUUCUUACGACAUGAGGAAUUCAGCAAUAGUGAACCACCCGGGAAGCGUCGCAAGACAGCUGCAGCUCCCCGGAGCUUGAGAGAUUCAACACAUACGCCACUUGGUUCCGUUCCUUCUGGGUAUAUACCUCUGGCACGCUUCUCCUUGUACCUGGACUUCGCGCACACUGUCUCGUUGCCACCUGGUUUUGAAAGCCCCAUCGCUGUUUCCAUCGAAGUUGCAGAGAGUUCUCACGGGGCCACUCCUAACUCCCACCGUAUAGGGUCUAGGCAGAUCUCGAGUGACUGUUUCAAGCUACAGUUGGCGACUGUAUCGACUAAAGAGGUAAUUCUUGACAUCACGUCUAGUGAUCCAGAACUAGUCAAGUUUGGAGAGAACCUGGAGCUCGCCCGUGGUCUUCCUUGCGGUGAUCGAUAUGGCACCAAAGUGCCAGCUGCAUGUUACGUUUCUACGCUUUUCUAUCUGCCCGAAAACAGUUACUUUCGCCUCGAAACAACAUUGCUUUGGAAAGAUUCUCUUGAAAUCUUACAACAACGCCGUCUGACACAAGAACAUUAUCGUGUAUUUUGCAAGUAUGCUUUGCAAGGUGAUGAUACUACGCCAAUAGGAGGGUCCCAGUCGCGCAACCGAAAAUCGUCAGAGUCUUCUUGGUCGCCACAUGAUUUCUACCAGAACGUUUAUGUCCCACCAAUAACCCCACAAUCAUCGGAGGAGAUAAAAUGCCAUAUGAUCGAGUGCCAACUUUUUCCAUUCCAAAGGAGAGCAGUUAGAUGGCUUCUGCAAAGGGAGGGCAUGGCGCUUCAAUCGGAUGGCCGAGUGCUUCCUUCCAGGCGCCCAUUGAAUGGCUCGCUGCCUACUUCAUUCCAAACGUUCACCGAUGCAGACGGACGUGUCUGCUUUUCGAGCCAUCUGUUUUUAGUUGCCACCACUGACCUCCAUAACUGGUACGACGCGGGAGAGUAUCUUAAGGGGGGCAUCUUAGCCGAGGAGAUGGGGUUAGGAAAGACAGUUGAGAUGAUCAGUUUGAUCUGCCUUAACAAGCGUCCACUGAGUUCUGACAUGGGUUUGAACGGUUCGAAUGGCGGCUUGGAACCAUCGGGGGCGACUUUGAUUAUAACCCCUCCCGCAAUCCUCGAACAAUGGGAGCAAGAGAUCCGGUCGCACGCACCAGGCCUCCGCGUAACUCAUUAUGAAGGUAUCCAGCGGCACAAGACGAUGUCUAAUCAAGAGUUAGUCAACUUUCUUGUGGAUCACGAUGUCGUACUCACUACUUACAAUGUCCUUGCUCGAGAGGUCCAUUAUUCUGGAGAUGCCCCAAAACGAGAUCUACGGCACGAAAAAAGGUUUGAACCAAGGAAAUCACCCCUGGUUCAGAUCUCUUGGUGGAGGGUUUGCCUUGACGAAGCUCAAAUGAUUGAAACUGGAGUCAGUAACGCAGCAAAGGUUGCCCGUUUGAUUCCUUGCCAAAAUGCUUGGGCAGUGACCGGAACUCCUCUUCGCAGAGAUAUUACCGACCUGCUUGGACUUUUGCUUUUCCUCCACUAUGAGCCAUUCUGUGGAGUUUGGAACAGAUUAUGUCACUUCUUCAAACCAACACUAGCGCAAAUAGUCCACAGCACUGCAAUCAGGCACAAUAAAGAUAACGUUCGGGAUGAGCUUCGACUGCCGCCUCAAAAGAGAAUCGUUCUCACAGUUCCUUUUACUGCAGUUGAAGAGCAGCGGUACGGGCAAUUGUUCGAGCAAAUGUGCGAAGAAUGUGGUCUUGAUUAUACGGGUGCUCCCGUUACCGAUGACUGGAACCCUGAUGACUUUUCGGUAAUUGAAAAGAUGAGAAGCUGGCUUGCUAGACUUCGACAAACUUGCCUUCACCCUGGGGGAAAUCACCGCCGAGGACUAGGCACAGGAGGCCCUCUACGAUCUGUGAAUGAAGUUCUCGAGGUCAUGAUCGAUCAAACCGAUUCACUGGCUCAAGCAGAGGAGCGUACUCUCUUGUUGUCCCAAGCACGCCGCGGGCAAUUACUAGAGAAUGCUCUGCACCGACAGGAGGCUCUUGACGUGUGGACCAAGUCAUUGGAGAGGGCAAAUGCCAUUGUCGAGGAAUGUCGAGAACGGCUGAACUCGGAAUGUGCAAAAAAUGGAAUUAGAACCCCGAAGGUUGAUGACGACAGCGCAUCGGCCGAAAUAAGCGACAAUGAGGGCAAUGAGAUGGAGAAGAACACUCGCGUAGGUACAUACCGCCAAAGACUGCGUUUUGCCCUCGACGUUCAGCAUACUUGCGUUUUCUUCACUGCAAAUGCCUACUACCAAAUCAAGACGGAUCCAAACCUUACCACGCCUGAUACCGAAAAGUUUAAGUCUUUGGAAAAGUCCGAAAUGGAAGCAUAUGAAACUGCGAAACUCAUCAGAAAAGAGAUGUUAGCUGAUGUCUCGAGAAAGGCAAGCCGUUAUAUGAGGAAAAUCAGAGAAAAGCAAAAAACACAACAGUUUGUGAAAAUUCCAAAGAUGAACCCUGAGCUUUAUAGCAGUGGUUUAGAAUCACGUCGGGUUCUCGACAGAUUCGAAGAUUUUUGUGAGGCUUUGAACGGGCACGCUGUGCAAUACGAUAUGUGGCGUCAGAUUAUGAUAAAGCUGCUUUCACGCUCAUUGAUAGACCAGGAAGACGACUCAGAGCUCGAAGGCGACGAGUACGAAAAAUCCACGAAACUUCAAGAUGAGAUGUAUGUCUACAUGGAAGCUCUGCGUGCCAUGUUUGCCGAUCGGAAUGAUGCUCUCACCGGACAGAAAAAUACUCUAAUCGCCCAUGAGGUCAAAAUGGGCAUCAUCCAAGCACAAAAAGGCGAAGGCCCUUCUCCGAAGCUUUAUCUGGAGACUAUGAAUGCUCGUAGUGAUAUCAAGCCAGAACCCCAGCUCGGUUCGCUUCGGGGCAUCAUCAGCGAACUUCGUAGCCUUACCACCUCCCUUGAGUGGCAGGCGAACGAGGGCAGUUCGCGAGCUCGUGCUGAGCUGGGGCUUGUCACUUUAGUACUCAAACAUGCUAGCAAUAUGGCAUCCGAGCAAACCAAGGCUGCCUUGAAUUUGAGCAAGGAAGUGGAGAUGUUUCGGGACACAAUGAACCACCGUUUGGAGUAUUAUCGCCAAUUACAGCGAAUUUCAGAUACUGUCGCCCCAUAUGACGAAGAGAGUGUCGGAAAGCCGCUGAAUGAAGCGGUCUUCGCUGCUCAACUGGAGCAAGAGCGCAUAACUGCGGAAAAGGUUUCUUCACUCAAGGCUAAACUGCGCUACCUUCUACACUUGCGAGAUGAAUCUGGCUCGGACGAGUCCUCUAGGAUAUGCAUUAUAUGCCAGUCGGGGUUUGAAAUUGGAGUCUUGACGGUUUGUGGACACAAAUACUGUAAAGAAUGUUUACAGUUGUGGUGGAGUCGAAGUCGGACUUGUCCAACAUGCAAAAAGCGAUUAAAAGCGAACGAUUUCCAUCAGAUCACCUACAAACCCCAGGAAUUUGUCGCCGAAGAAGAAAAGGCCCCUAUGAAGAUGGGAUCCGAACGCCUCAGAAAGAAUUCUAUAUACACCGACAUUAGCUCUGGGACACUGAGCGAAAUCAAGAAUAUCGACCUCGAUAGCUCCUUUGGUACCAAAAUCGACACCCUGGCGCGUCACAUCUUAUGGCUGCGCGAGCAUGACCCCGGUUCGAAAUCUGUCGUGUUUUCUCAAUAUAGGUAUUUUCUUGGUAUCCUCGGAUCGGCAUUCAAAAAAUUCCAGAUUGGAUAUAGCACUUUUGAUAACAAAGACGGCAUACACAUGUUCAAGACUGAUCCCUCGGUUGAAUGUUUUCUUUUGCACGCCGAAGCACAGUCAUCCGGUCUUAACCUUGUCAAUGCUACCCAUGUAUUUCUCUGCGAACCGCUGGUCAAUACGGCAAUCGAGCUUCAAGCAAUAGCCCGUGUGCAUCGGAUAGGUCAACGCCGACCUACCACGGUUUGGAUGUAUCUGGUUUCAGAUACCGUCGAGCAAUCGAUCUACGAACUCUCCGUAUCUCGCCGCCAGGAUCACAUUAUCCAAAAGGAAAGACAAAGAGAGUCUCACUCAACCAUGUCCCAGCAAGAUGACAAGGCCCUCGAAAAGCAUGUCACCGAUUCUACAGUGUCCUCGACAGAUGGUACGGAUAAGGAUAUUGCUGUCACCGAAGUCGCUAUCGACUCAGCAAAUUCCUCGGAGAUUCAAGAUGCCCCACUGUCUAAGCUGAUUGCUGGAGGUUCGGGAGGAGAAAUCGUGAAGAAAGACGAUCUAUGGCAGUGUCUAUUUGGCAGGACAAGCAAGACAAAGGAAGCAUUAUAUGGCUCAGACAAUGCCCACAGGGAAGUGGCAAGGUUCCUCAGAGGAGAAGCAGCAGAAUCGCGGCGGACUGACCCCACUCCUCCAUGAUGGCGAUUGUACUUGAUAUCUACUACGUUUGUUUGCUCUUUGAUUGAUAUUAGAUGAUAGCGCCUCAGUCAUACUACGAUACAUGAAUGAGAUUAUGAAACUUUUCC